AUGCACAACGUCUCUUACUCUCCCUCUGUCUUCCCCUCUCACUUUCUCCAACCCCUUUCUUCUUCUUCCCUCUCUCUCUACCUCUCUCUCUCCCUCUACCUACUAUUUCCCUCCCCAUCAUUACAUCUCCCUACCUGUCCCCAACCCAUUAUUCCAUUUCUCUCCAUACCUGUUCCCUCCCUCUCAUAUUUCUCCCUCCCUCCAUCUCCUUCUCUCUCUGUCUCUCUCUCUCUCUCUCUAACACAGAUACAUACAAGUCGUUACUUUUUGCUUCAAAUCUACUCCAACAAAUUAUCGCCUCUUUGCAAUUGUCUUUCUCUCUAUUCAUAUCUAUCUAUCUAUCUAUCUAUCUAUCUAUCUUUUUAUACUAAUGUUCAUCCAAGGCCCAAGAGCUACUCAAGCAAGUCUGUUCAUCUAUCUAUCUAUUGCAGUCUGUCCAUAUCUAUCUCAGUUUGUCCAUAUCUAUCUAUCUAUCUAUCUAUCUAUCUAUCUAUCUAUCUAUCUAUCUCAGUCUGUCCAUAUCUAUCUAUCUAUCUAUCUAUCUAUCUAUCUAUCUAUCUAUCGCAGUCUGUCCAUAUCUAUCUAUCUAUCUAUCUAUCUAAGAUAUAUCUCGUUGCUGAAGCUCUUUCUUCUACACCUUUUCUUUUCAUUUUUGCCUUUCGUUCUUUACUUCUUUCUUUCCAUUUUUGCUUUCAUUCCUACCUUUGUUUCAUUUCUUUCAUUUCCUUUUUUUUUCAUUUUAUUUUUCCUUUUUGUCCUUCGUUUCAUUGUAACUUUUCUUUCAUUCUCUUUUUGUUCUCUUUCCUCUUAACGUAUUUUAAUUCUUCGCUCAUCUCCUUCCCUCCUUCCUUCCUUCCUUCCUUCCUUCCUUCCUUCCUUCCUUCCUUCCUUCCGUUCUUUUCCUUCCUUCCUUCCUUCCGUUGUUUUCCAUCCUUCCUUCCUUCCUUUUCCUUCCUUCCUUCCUUCCUUCCUUCCGUUCUUUUCCUUCCUUCCUUCCUUCCUUCCUUCCUUCCUUCUUUUUUCCUUCCUUCCUUCCUUCCUUCCUUCCUUCCUUCCUUCCUUCCUUCCUUCCGUUCUUUUCCUUUCUUCCUUCCUUCCUUCCUUCCUUCCGUUCUUUUCCUUCCUUCCUUCCUUCCUUCCUUUUCCUUCCUUCCUUCCUUCCUUCCUUCCUUCCUUCCUUCCGUUCUUUUCCUUCCUUCCUUCCUUCCUUCCUUCCUUCCUUCCGUUCUUUUCCUUCCUUCCUUCCUUCCUUCCUUCCUUCCUUCCUUCCUUCCUUCCGUUCUUUUCCUUCCUUCCUUCCUUCCUUCCUUCCUUCCGUUCUUUUCCUUCCUUCCUUCCUUCCUUCCUUCCUUCCAUCCUUCCAUGCACUUUUAUUUACGCCCACCUUAA